AUGGGGUGUGUAUGCUGGAAGUCCUCAUCAGCGCUUGAUGACAGCCCAAAACAGAGAGAAUUAAUUCGAAAAACAUCCGAAUUGCGCGAAGCCCGAGCGAUUUGCCGGAAGAGGAAUGAGAGCUUUUCAGCUGAGGUGAAGCUGGAGGAGAAUGGGGAUAUCAAAACCGGGUCGAUUGAUAGGGGAAGUAAUGUGUCUAGAAGGGUGAGGGACGAUUUUUGCAACAAGAAACCAGAGAAAGAUUUUGAUGACGCCAGCAAUUCCCCGAGCAUUGGGAACCUUCCGAGAGCCGUGGAAGGGGAACAGGUUGCUGCCGGGUGGCCGUCUUGGCUGGUUGCGGUGGCAGGGGAAGCUAUCAGAGGGUGGGUCCCGCGGAAAGCGGAGACUUUUGAGAAGCUCGAUAAGAUUGGCCAAGGAACUUACAGUAGCGUGUACAAGGGUCGUGAUCUUUUGCACAACAAAAUUGUUGCCCUAAAAAAAGUUCGUUUUGAUAAUAUGGACGCAGAAAGUGUUAAGUUUAUGGCGAGGGAGAUUCUCAUUUUGCGAAGGCUCGAUCACCCAAAUGUCAUUAAACUAGAAGGCUUAGUUACCUCAACAACAUCUUGUAGUCUAUAUCUUGUGUUCGAGUAUAUGGAACAUGAUCUGACUGGACUCGCGUCACUUCCUGGUGUCAAAUUCACCGAACCACAGCUUAAGUGUUAUAUGCAGCAGCUGCUAAGUGGGCUCGAUCAUUGCCACAGUAAUGGCAUCCUGCAUCGUGAUAUAAAGGGCUCAAACCUGUUAAUCAACAAUCAUGGAAUUUUAAAGAUUGCGGACUUUGGUUUAGCGAGUUAUUUUGAUAAUAACCAGAAAUUUCCGUUGACUAGCCGUGUUGUGACUUUGUGGUAUCGGCCGCCUGAACUUUUACUUGGUUCGACUCAGUACGGUGUUGCUGUUGAUUUGUGGAGCACCGGCUGUAUACUUGGAGAAUUAUAUGCUGGAAAGCCCAUCAUGCCUGGAAGAACGGAGGUUGAGCAGUUGCAUAAGAUAUUUAAAUUGUGUGGCUCACCAUCCGAAGAUUAUUGGAGAACGUCAAAAUUACCUCAUUCGCCAGUGUUUAAGCCCAUUCAGCCAUAUAGACGGCAGAUUGCUGAGACAUUUAAGGAUUUUCCGGAAAGUGCCACGAGACUCAUGGAGACCUUACUCUCUAUUGACCCUUCCGAACGGGGAACAGCAUCUUUUGCCCUUCAGAGUGAGUUCUUCAAGACAGAACCGUUUGCUUGUGACCCUUCAAGUUUGCCAAAAUAUCCUCCAAGCAAAGAGAUCGAUGCAAAACUGCGAGAAGAUGAAGCGCGAAGGAAAGGAGCUGUUGGAGUUAGAGGGCACAAAUGCGAGUACGAUUCUAAAAGACCAAAAGAAUCUCGAAGUGCUGCAGCUAAUGCUGACUUGGCUAGGUCGAUGCAGAGGAGCGAUGUGAACCUUCAAAAACACAGAGCUUGUCCUGGUUCAAACAAAAUACAGAGUAGGGCUUUUUCAUCCGUGGAGUCACGGGAGAAAAUAGCCUCGUCGUGUGUGGGGCCCACGAACCAAGCUGUCAGGCUUUCAGAGUCGUUUGGGGAUCCCAUGAGGAAGCAAAUGUUAUGUGGCUCUCAAAAUGCGGAGAAAAUGGGAAAACAAGAACCUGAUUGCAUGGAGAGGUCGAGCCACUUUUCCGGUCCUUUAAUUGCUACCUCAAACAACAUAGAACAGGUGCUGAAAGAGCACGAUCGUCGGAUUAAGGAAGCUGCUCGGCGCAUAAGGCACGAGAACACGAGAGUUUGUAGAAUUCGACCUCAGUAG